UUUCGUUUUAGUUUCAAAAGAAACGCAUCUCUCUCCUCUCUUGCUCUCUCUCUCUCUUUCUCUCUGUGCAGCUUCGCUGAUCCAUCUUCUUCUACUUCUCCGUUUCUUCGUCGUCUCAGAUUUGGUCAAUUGGGUUCUGGCGUAGCCGGGUUUUGGAUCGGGGAAAAGUGAUUUUGGGAAUUCGUGUGCGAGGAUAGGAAUUCGUGUUGUGAUCUCCAUAGGUUGGGCUAUUUUCUUGGUGUUUUUUCCCCUUUUUAUGAAGCUGGGACAGGGAUGGAGGAGUUGAUUUGUGAUUUGGUGAAGCAUGUAUGAUGUCUUGGACGAGUUGAAUUCGGGCAAUAACUCAACUUCAUUGUCGGAACAAGAGAGUGAAUCUCUGGCAAAAACAACUAUGGACAGUUCCAUUGAUUCCGACUGCUCGUUCUCGGCCUUGCUCGAAUUUGCUGCAGACAACGAUGUCGAGGGCUUUAAGAGUCAUCUCUCAGAUGUGUCUUGUAUCAACAAGAUUGGUCUGUGGUAUGCCCGUCGAAGGUUUUUGAGAAAAAUGGUCGUUGAACAUAGGACUCCGCUAAUGGUUGCUGCCACGUAUGGAAGUGUAGAUGUUGUUAAGCUGAUUAUUUCGUUUCGGGAGGUGGAUUUGAAUCUGAGAUGCGUUCCGGAUAAGAGCACGGCUCUUCAUUGUGCUGCGGCUGGUGCCUCUGUGAAUUCUGCGGAAGUUGUGAAGUUACUUUUGAAUGCAGGUGCAGAUCCGAGCAUUCCAGAUGCUCACGGCAAUCGCCCUGUGGAUGUCCUGUCUGUGUCUCGUCUUGUUCCCAGUUCCAAGACAAUCCUUGAAGAGAUCUUGAAGAAAGACGGGCCGAUUUCUGAAGAUCUGAAUGCUUCAUCAUCUAGCUUGGGAUCGAGUUUCCGGUCUCGCUCCUCGUCACCGGAUAAUGUUUCCUCCUUACUCUCUUCGGAUUCAGUUCUGUCACCGACGAAGCCAAAUGGUGCUGAUGGGCCUUUUGUCUCGGAGAAGAAAGAGUAUCCAAUCGAUCCGUCCUUACCCGACAUCAAAAGUGGCAUUUAUUCUACAGACGAGUUUCGUAUGUUCUCAUUCAAGAUCCGCCCGUGUUCCCGGGCUUAUUCCCAUGACUGGACUGAGUGUCCCUUUGCACACCCCGGUGAAAAUGCAACGAGAAGAGACCCGAGAAAGUUUCACUAUACCUGUGUCCCUUGCCCCGAUUUUAAGAAGGGUACCUGUAAAAGAGCCGAUAUGUGUGAAUACGCUCACGGGGUGUUUGAGUGCUGGCUACAUCCCGCGCAAUACAAAACCCGCCUGUGUAAGGACGGGAUGAGUUGCAACCGUCGGGUUUGCUUCUUUGCUCAUACGAAUGAGGAACUGCGGCCUUUGUAUGCAUCCACAGGAUCUGGUUUGCCGUCUCCGAGGGCUUCAUCUGGUAUGGACAUGGCCUCUGUAUUGAACAUGUUGCCGGGCUCGCCAUCUGCCAUCCAACAUUCAUUUACCCAUCCCAUGUCACCCUCCGGAAAUGGCAUGCCACAUUCAUCGAUGGCUUGGCCUCAACAGAAUAUGCCGACAUUGCAUCUCUCUGGAAGCAAUCUCCAGCUGAGCCGGCUGAGGUCUUCUCUCAACGCCCGAGAUAUUCCGGUUGAGGAGCUUCGGAUGCUGCAAGAUUUCGAAAUGCAACGCCAGAAGCAGCAGCUACUUGGUGAUGCAUCCAGUCCUCGGUUCAUGAAUCAUUCUGGUAGACCAAAGAGCCUUGCCCCAUCAAAUCUGGAUGAAUUUUUCUCGUCCGAGCUUUCGUCCCCUCGUUUUUCUGACCAACUCGCCGGGUCAUCUAUUCUGUCGCCUUCGCACAAAUCUGCACUACUGAAUCAGUUGCAGAACAAGCAGAGCAUGUUGUCUCCGAUCAAAACAAAUUUAAUGUCUCCAAAGAAAAACGUCGAACACCCUCUGUUCCAGGCCACAUUCGGUGUCUCCUCGUCGCCGGGAAAGAUGUCGCCUCGAGCUGUGGAACCUAUAUCCCCGAUGAACUCCCGUCUUGCAAGUCUUUCCCUUCGUGACAGACCGCAGGUACAUUCCCGCAGCCUCAGCUCCCGUGAACUCGGGUCUAGUCUCUCAUCAGCUGAUGUCGGUUCACCUCUAAGCCCGUGGUCGAGAUGGGACCAAUCCAAGGGCAGCGGCAAUGAUAAUGUGGAUUGGUCCGUUCACUCCGACGAGUUGUGUGUCUUGCGAAAGUCUCAUUCUUUGGCUAACCCGUUCAGUGAGGCCGACGGUCCAUGGGUUCAGCCGAGGAACAUUCGAGCCACAAACCCUGGAGGAGGGCGAGCGGGUCAGGAGGGUUCGAGUCGGGGGAGCGAUGCCAUAAACGCAUGGCUUGAGCAGGUGUAGCUGUGGGCCAUACAGCCGGCGGUGGAUAGCUUAGUUCAUUCACACCAAAGGAUUCACAAUCUGUGAAGCUGAAACUGAUGAUUUGAUUCGUUUAGUUCUUCAUUCAAGAAGCAUGGUAAGAAGCUUUAAUUAUUUUUUGCAUUUCGAUGGAAUUCUUCAUUGUUUGGGUUGUAGAUAUUUCUCAUCAUCUGACAACUAUCAGAUCUUGAGCGUAUCUCUUCUCCUCAUUGUUUCUCCUUAUUUACAAACCUCUCACUCACUCCUGAUGAAUUUGUCAACAACAACAUUGUACGAGGAACCAUAAGAGUAAUCGUUUCAAUAAGACUCCUUUUUUAAUUUGGUUC